UGUCCGCAGACGUCAAUGUCAACGUUCUCCCUGUUUUCAAAACUAUUUAUAAAGAUUUACAGAAAGAGAUUAAAUAAAGAUUUACUCUUCUGAGAAAUCAAAAUUUUGAGACUAAAGUUGAAAAAUUGAAACCAUAUUCAAAACCUUUUUGGAAGCUGUCGAAGAUUCUUAAGAAACCUUCAAAGCCUAUUCCAGUUUUAAAAGAAGGUGCACGUUUUCUUGUAUCCAAUGAACAAAAGGCUCAAAGACUUGCUCAGCAGUUUGAGAGUAUUCAUAACUCAAAAUUGAAUUUUGUGAGUCCAAUUGAAAAUGAAGUCACACGUCAAUUUGAUUUAAUUUCUUCCCAGAAUUUUUUACCUGCAGAAAUAAUUGAAACUAACUUGAAUGAGAUUAAAUCAAUUAUUAAAAAUUUCAAACAUAUGAAAGCACCUGGUGACGAUGGAAUCUUUAAUAUACUAAUCAAACAUCUCCCUGAGAGCACAAUGGAAUUUUUAGUGAAAAUUUUCAAUUGCUGCUUCAAAAUUGCAUAUUUUCCCAAAUUAUGGAUAAAUGCAAAAAUUACUCCAAUUUUAAAACCGGAUAAGAACCCAGCUGAAGUUUCAAGUUAUCGACCAAUCAGUUUGCUUUCUUCAAUAAGUAAACUGUUUGAGAGAAUUAUUCUUAACAGAAUGAUGUCACACAUCAACGAAAAUUCAAUUUUUGCAAAUGAACAGUUUGGAUUUCGCCAUGGGCAUUCCACAACUCAUCAAUUGCUCAGAGUUACUAAUAUGAUACGAGCUAACAAAUCUGAAGGUUAUUCCACUGGAGCUGCUCUUUUAGACAUAGAAAAAGCAUUCGACAGUGUUUGGCAUAAAGGUUUGAUGGCGAAAUUGCAAACUUUUAAUUAUCCAAUUUUCUUAAUCAAAAUUUUAAAAAAUUAUCUUACUGAUCGAACUCUGCAGGUUGUCUAUCAGAAUUCAAAAUCUGAUAGAUUUCCUGUCAGAGCAGGUGUACCUCAAGGUUCAGUCUUGGGUCCAGUCCUGUACAACAUAAUCACUUCAGAUCUUCCUGAUUUGCCUCCAGGAUGCACAAAGUCAUUGUUCUGCGAUGACACAAGCAUUUCCGUAAAAGGAAAAAGUCUUCGUGUCAUAUGCAGUCGAUUGCAGAAAAGUUAAGAUAUUUUUUCUUCCUACUUGCAAAAGUGGAAAAUCUCUCCCAAUGCUUCUAAAACUCAAAUGAUAAUUUUUCCGCAUAGGCCUAGGGCUUCUUUCCUCAAGCCAAACAAUAAUCACGUUGUCAAGAUGAAUGGGGUUAUUUUAAGUUGGUCCGACAAGGUUAAGUACUUGGGACUAAUUUAUGAUAAAAAACUUAUUUUCAAAGAGCACAUUGAGAGUAUACAAGCCAAGUGCAUCAAAUAUACGAGAUGUUUAUAUCCUCUCAUUAACAGGAAUUCUAAACUUUGUUUAAAGAACAAACUUUUGAUUUACAAACAAUUUUUUAGACCAGCAAUGCUUUAUGCUGUACCGAUCUGGUCAAGUUGCUGUUCAACAAUGAAGAAAACGCUCCAGAAUAAAAUUCUGAAAAUGAUUUUGAAGCGUCCUCCUUGGUUUGGUACACUCGAAUUACAUAGACUUACUGGUGUUCAACCAUUAGAAGCUUUGUCAAAUUAAAUUAUUAACAAUUUUCGACAAAAAUCGUUGCAAUCCUCAAUUGCUACGAUAAGCUCUCUUUAUAGCCAAUAAGUUAGCAUUUAAGUUAGUUGUAAGUUUACGUUCCUUUGUUGACAAGUAGGUUUGAAUCCCUACGAAUGAUAAGUCCUAAUUGCGAAAGCAAACAAAUCCUAACAAUUAAAAUUACAAAUUGCUAACAGUGUUGAGAAGUCACCUUUUGUGAUUGGACACACAUACUCAUUAUUUACUAAUAUUUAUCAUAAAUGCUUAAGCUACUAACAAAUCCCCCCUUUAAAAAAAAACAAUUCAUCUGAAGAUUGAAAUUAAUUAUUAUAAGUAAGUAUAAUAAGAUAUGUUGAAUCAUAAAUCUGUUAUCUCUUUCCACCCAUACAGGUUUUAUUCUGUAAUCAGUGAAAUAAGAAUCCUUGCCUAGACACUAUAAAAAAGCAAAGCCUUGGUGCUACAUUCCGAUUCGGAACUUGACCUUCUGUUUAAUUAUUCACAGACUUCGCAGCCGACUGUUUAGUGUACAGGACAACUGCGGGGCUAGCGCUGCGAUCCUACUGACACUGUCUCUCCCGAGUCGAGAAUCGAACCUACGAUGACUGGCUUGUUAGGCCAGUAUCGUACCUCGAGAUCAUGUAGAAAAAUUUAGACACUGUAUUGAUAUAAAUUAUUGAAAUUUAUUAAAAUUACAAAAAUCAAUAAUAAAUCUGAAGAUCGAAAUUUAUUAAUACAAGUUUUGUAACGUAAACAGCAAAUUCAAAUAGAUAGAAUAUCUAUAUCUGUCCUCUCAGCUGGUCUAGCAUACUGCUUAAUCAAGAAUACAAAGCACCACGCGACCGCUCAACAACCCGACACCAAGAAAGUCAACGCGCCAUCAGUAGUUCUCGUAAUUCUACAACGGCCGAGCACAUCGAGUCGAGGAACAAAUCGACGCGUCAGCAGUUUUAAAGCACAGGAACAAAUCAAUGGACUACGCAUUGGGAUGCUUGGAGGAAAGAUGGGGAGAAGUGGAACACCAUACGAAGAUCGACCAGGAGAGCUUCGUCGAAGCAGUGAAAAUAGUGCUUGAGUCAACCUUCUUCGUGUAUCAGGGAACCAUGUAUGGACAGACCUUCGGUAUACCCAUGGGCUCGCCGUUAUCACCAGUGAUUGCCAACGUAGUCAUGGAAAAACUGGAGCAGGAGUGCAUAAGGAAACUGGAGGCCAAUCAAAUACAAAUGAAAGUUUAUAAACGGUACGUAGAUGAUUGCAUGUGUGUGGCAGGUGUUGAACACUUUCAGAUGAUCGUAGACACGUUCAACAGUUUUCACGAUCGUUUGCAGUUCACGGUGGAAAUGGAGGUGGAGGGUAAAAUUAAAUUCCUGGACAUGACACUAGAGCGCGAAAACGAUCGAAUCAUGACAGCAUGGCUACCCAAACAGCAGAUUGGACGGUAUCUAGAUUAUACAUCCAAGAGCCCCUUCCAACACAAACAUAACACGGCGAUCGCACUUUUUAAUCGGGCUAUAAAGUUGUCCUGUGGGGGAAAACGAAGAGAGGCCCUCAAUCAUGCAAGUGAAAUUUUGAGGAAAAAUAACUAUCCAUCAUGGUUUACCGAUAGAGUAAAAAAGGACAGAAUACACAAACACUAUAACACAUUGGAAACACAAAACAGAACAACACAGCCACCAAAAUACAUAUCAGCCCCCUACAUACCGUGUCUGAGUGAGAAAAUUAGAAAAAUAUUGCGACGUCAUGAUAUGACUCUAGCCUCACGACCGCAAAACAAGAUCAAACAUGAAAUCUUUAGCAAAAUGAAAGAUCGAAUACCACCAGGCAAACAGAAGAACGUGGUAUACUCUGUACCAUGUGGAACGAACGACGGUAAAACGUACAUCGGUCAGACGAAACGCAUGCUGGAGGUGAGGAUAGCGGAACACAAGAACGACUGUAGGAAUAAGAAUCCGAAAUCUGGACUAGCCACACACACAAUAGAGGUAGCACAUGUGUUCGAUUUCGAUAACACCGCAAUUCUAGAACGCAUAGACGACCCGGCAACCAGGAUGAUUGCAGAGGUAUUUCACAUCAAGAAGGAAGGCGAAAUGCGAACGGUUAACCUACAGCGUGAGUGUGGAAAUUUCAACACCACCUACAACGGACUAUUGGCUCGGUUAAGGAGAGAGCCGAAAACGCGAACACGAACGAAUGCUACCGAUGAUGAAAUGGGCAACAUAGGGAGUUGAGCAGGAAAAUUUAUGUUAGUAUAGUUUAGUCAGACAAGACCGAUAGGUUGCACACAGCCAUUUGUAAGUGUUAAAUGUGUAAUUGUUUUUAAAAAAGAAAAAUUGUAAUGAAAAGUAAUAAAUAUUUUCAGGCGUCUG